AAAUUCUUAUUGCUUCUCGAUAUGGUUCACCGAGGCACAGGAUGGAAACUACACAGUUGUUUGGAUGGCCAAUCGAAAUCAACCUGUCAAUGGAAAACAUUCUGGCCUCUCUCUGCAGGAUUCAGGGAAUCUGUUAUUGACAGAUGCAGGGCAGUUCAGUGUUUGGACAAGUAAUACAAAAUCAAACUCUUCUGUCCAAUUGAAACUUCAAGACAAUGGCAAUCUUGUUCUCAGCACUUCUGAUGGUGAAUUCCUUUGGCAAAGUUUUGACUUCCCAACCAAUACACUUCUUCCCGGGCAGUUGUUUACUAGUGAGACAAUUCUUGUAUCUUCCAGAAGCACAACCAAUUAUUCUUCUGGUUUUUACAAGUUGUACUUUGAUAGUGAUAGUGUCCUACAUCUUCGGUAUGAGGGUCCUGAAAUAACUACUGUAUAUUGGCCUGAUCCAUGGUUAAAUAUUUGGGAUGCUGGGAGAUCAUCUUUUAAUGGUAGUAAGAUUGCUGUGUUAGAUGAAUCUGGCUAUUUUCAGUCAUCUGAUCUGCUGCAAUUUUAUACAUCUGAUCAUGGCAUUGGACCAUUGAGAAGAUUGGUUCUUGACGUCGAUGGCAGCCUUCGGGUCCACAGUCUAGAUAAAGCUAAUGGAAGUUGGCGAGUUACAUGGGUACACAAUUCUGAACCGUGCAAGAUCCAUGGUAUUUGUGGCACCAACAGUUUAUGUAUCUAUGAUCCUGAGGCCGGAAGAAAAUGCACCUGUAUUCCAGGAUACAGGAUGAUAAAUCAGACGGAUUGGUCUUAUGGAUGUGAGCCUGAUUUCCAAGUCUCUUGCACUAAUGAAAGUGCUUCAGGUUUUAUUCAACUCCUCCAUGUCGAAUAUUAUGGAUAUGAUAUUGGCUACUUUCCUAAUUCCUCCUUGGAGAGUUGUAAAAGUUUAUGCCUGAAUUACUGUGAAUGCAAAGGGUUUCAGUACAAAUUUGAUCUAACAAUGGGCUACUAUAGUUGUUACCUAAAGACUAUUUUGUUCAAUGGGUAUCGUUCACAGAAUUAUCAGGAUCCUAUUUACAUAAGAUUGCCUGCGCUUAAUGGGAAACAUAGGCUUUUGGUGUAUGAAUACAUGGAGCAUGGUUCACUAGCGAAAAAUCUUUAUUCAGAUAAACUUGAUUGGAAAAAGAAGUAUGAAAUUGCUCUUGGUACAGCAAAGGGACUUGCUUACUUGCAUGAAGAGUGCUUAGAAUGGGUUUUGCAUUGUGAUGUGAAACCCCAGAACAUCCUUUUGAACUCUGAUUAUCAGCCAAAGGUAGCAGAUUUUGGGCUCUCUAAAUUAUUGAAUAGAAGUGCCAUUGACAAUUCAAUGUUCUCCAAGAUUAGAGGAACUAGAGGAUACAUGGCACCUGAGUGGGUGUUUAAUCUCCCCAUCACCUCAAAAGUUGACGUUUAUAGCUAUGGAAUUGUUGUGCUGGAAAUGAUAACAGGACGGAGAUCCACUGGGAACCAUGCCAAUGAUGAGAGCAUUGUGGUGGAGCCAAGAAGGCUGGUCACUUGGGUAAAGGAAAACAUUAAGGGAACUGCUGAAAGAGCAUCUGAGAUCAAGGAUAUUGUAGACCCUACUAUAAAGGGUGACUUUGAUAUGGGAAGGAUGGGAAUUCUGAUUGACGUAGCUCUCAAGUGUGCAGAGGAGGACAAAGAUGCUAGGCCUACUAUGAGACAGGCAGUUGACAUGCUUCUUCAUCAAGACUGCAAUGAGUAGCAAGGCAAGCAUCAAAA